UGGGGGUUCCCUUUAUAUGUAACAACUAAAAGACAUCGGGAUCGAAAUACAAAUGAUGUAAAUGUAUAUAAUUUCACCUGGAAAGAACGCCCACCUCACAAAUGGCGAUCACUUAUAGUAGUAUAUCCAGAGGGACAACUAUUCUUUGCAGUCAUCAGACUGGCUCUGGAUCCUUUGAGAAUGUGGUACAGUCAAUAAUCAAAAACAUUCCCACUAGGAAUGAUGGCAAAACAACCUACCAAUCAGAGAGUUAUUUAUUCCACUGUGUGAUAGAAAAUGGCAUGAUUUAUUUGUGUGCUGCAAACCCCGACUUUGGAAAAAAACAACCUUAUGCAUAUUUAGCGGAGAUUAAGCGAAAAUUUCAGAGUGGAACACUCUCGAUGAAGGCUGUGAAUUGUGGAUUGCAUGAACUGGACAGUGAGUUUGGAUUCAUCAUGGCUCAGGAUAUGGAGAAAUUUUCCAAACCAGGUGCAGGAGAUCAUGUAUCUACUUUACGAUCUCAAGUGGAUGAUGUCAAAAAUGUUAUGACGCAAAACAUUGAAAGAGUUCUAGACCGAGGAGAAAGACUAGAAAACUUGAUUGACAAAACAGAAGAAUUAGAGGCCAGUUCAUCCCAAUUUCAGAAAACUGCCAGAAAAAUAAGGAAGAAAUACUGGUGGAAAAACACCAAGAUGAUGAUCAUCAUCGGUGUCAUAGCGUUCAUUGUCCUCGUAGUCAUCGUUAUUCUAAUACUCAAUGGCUUAAAAGUAUUUAGCAAAGAAGAUUCAAAAACAACGGUUGCUCCUACCACUAGUAAAUCUCUAUCAGGUGUUUGAUUUGUACUUUGUUUGUUGUAUUUUUAUAGUUAAUCAAUUGAAAAUGGAGAUACAGGUUGUUAAAUUUUACUUACCGUAUUAAAUCAAAUUGACUGUGAUUAUGUUCUGCAAAAGUGGAACUUAAAAUUGUUUUUAGAGUUCUUCAACAUUUUUAUUCAAUUAAUUUUGCACAUUUUAAUGAAACUGCAGAAUUCUUAAACAACAAGUAAAUUUUUCAUCUUUUAUCUAUGAAGUGCAUUGUUCAUAAUUUCAAUUCACUGUAUGUAUGUGAAAUAUAUGAAUAACAUUUUGAAGUUUUAUUAUCACUAAUUGUCUACAUAUGAAUGCAGAUGUUGAAGAUUACGUUAAAUUUUCAUUGUCUUGUCCUCAGUUUUAGCUCACCUGACUUAUGUGACAAUUUUUGAUCAAGAUUUGUCUUUGAUUUUGGCAUCUGUCCACCUGUUUGUCUGUCAACAUUUUUUUAUUCCACUUUUGGAACAACUUAGCUGAUAUCCAUCAAAUUAGACACAAAACUUCUUUUUUUUCACAAAGAUGCCACAAGGCUUGGAGGAAAGUUAAAUAAGGAAUUAUAAUAUUUAUAGCAUCCAGAGUUUGAUAAAUUUUGUAUUCAGGUUGUAUAGUUAGUUCAAGUUUUUUCAAACCAUGAACCACAAGGGUUUGGAAAGGGUUGCAUUGGGAUUUGAAAUUCAUCGACAAAUGGAAAGGGGUAAUUCCUUUUGGUCUCAGUGUAAGUAGCUGUCAUAGUCUUACAAAAUGUUUGCCAAUAUUAUAUCCUUUCCUUGUAACUCAUUGGACACUGCUCAGGUUAGCAUGUAGUCCUUACAUGUAUAGGUGUCUUGUUUUGUUUUCAAAUGCAACUAUUGAUCAGUCUUGUAUAUUUUGGUUUUGGUCUUUUUCCAUUUGGUGUCAAGAAACAACAUCCCUUGUGUUAACCAUUUCUGAUGCUAGGGCUGAUUUCUGUUGAAAAACUGAAGUGAAUUUUUCUGAUCAAAUUUUCCCUGUAUCUGUUAAAUUUUGGCAUCAAUGACAUAUGCAUCUAAAAUAAACUUUUCACUUCCACCUCUUCUCCUUCUGAAACCGCUGGGCCAGUAUCAACCAAACUUGGCUCAUUGUGGCACCCUUGAGUGAAAGACUUUUUAAAGUUGAAUGUUUCAAGUUAAUUAAGGGCCAGGCCCAGCAGGAGAGGGAUUCAAAGAUGGAAAGAAUUGUGAAAUAGAUAGAGGUGCAAAUUAGAAUAUGGAACUUUCAAGUUUAGUACCAAGGGCUCAGAGAGAGAGAGAGAGAGAGUGUAUAAUUAUAUACUAUAGGUAAGCCAUAUAGUAACUAAGAAAAUAUUGUGAAAGAAUCUUCGCUAGCCAAGGAUUUCUGAUCCGCACCAUUCCUCACAAAUGUGAGGAGCGGUGCGGAUCUGAAACCUUAAUUGGCUAGCAAAGAUGGUGUGAAAGAAAUUUAUGUGUUCUUGCUUUUAAAAAUGUUCACUCUCUUCUCUAACCAUAUGUUUUUUUGAAAUAUGAAGUCAAUUUUUCCAGUUUUGAAUCUGAUAUGAAUUGUGGUAUACAUGUAAGUGUUAAAUUUCUUUUAAACAAAGUACCAUCUGUAUUACAAUGAUUGGUUUUUAUUACCUUGAUAAUGAAAUUAUAAAAAGUAAACUGUUAUUUAUCAUUUACCAGUUUAAAGAUACCGGUACUUAAAUUUUUGUCUAAAGUAUUUACACUGUAUUCUUACACAAUGUAUAUUUGUUAUUGUUGAGAUGAAGAAAAUUAAUUUUUGUGAAACUGAAGGCCGACGGAUAUGUGUAAUAAAAAUUGAUCUACA